AUGUUUAAAAUAAUAAUUUGCAUAAGUCUUGUAGCAGACGUCUGUGCUUCCAGCAAAUAUUCCAAGGAAGCACAGGGAAUUGACCGGCAUGACACCGAUCUUGAUUUCCAAAAUACAGAAAACCCAUUUCGAAUGAAGAAAGUUAAUCUACUCUGGACCAAAGGAAGGCAGGUACUCCCCAGUGUGAAGCUGGCAGAACUGUAUGCUGACCUCAAGGUUCAUGACAAGCAUGAGGCUCACCUGAAAAAACUGAGAGCACAGGAUCUUGACCAGGAUGGAGACAUGGAAACUAAAGUUCUCACAAACUAUAGAAGAAUUGUACACGAUUAUGGAUUAGAUGAAAAUUUCUCACAGAAUGAUAUCUUUAUCAGCAAUGAGCUACCAGCUGAUGAAAAUGUUGACAAAAAGGUUCAGUUCCAAGAUUCUAAACUACAGACCAUGUGGUCGAAGGCACAGCAGGCAGGAUUUUCUGAGGAAGAUUUAAACUUGCUGAAAGAAGAGUUCAUGCAUCAGCAAAUGAAAAUUAAUGAAUUCGACUUUGUUCAUAAGGAGCUGAAUAAACUAGCAGAUCCUGAUGACAACGUCAUCGAUCGUGAGCAGUUAAAAAUGAAUCUGUCACCGAAAAAAUUAUCGGACAAGAAAGAUGGUAUGAAGAAAGUGAAGCGAGACAUCAAGGAGGGCUACAUGAAACUAGAACACCUAGUUUCUACAAUACCGGCAUCUGAACCAGUAUUUAAGGACAGCAGAGUUCACAAACUCUGGGCUCUAGCCAAGAAGACAAACUGGACAAAUGAGCAGUUGAAUGGUUUCAAGGAAGAGUUACUGCACUUUGAGCACCGCCUCAACAAACAAGAAUACUACCAGAAGCAACUACAGCAGUCUGCUGAAGCUUUACAGGAUGUAGAUGUUCCUGAGAACCACAAAAAUUUGGAGGAAAAGACACAGAAUCUCAACCGCAAGAUCAAGAAACUUCAUACAGAAUUCCAGACAAGAUUGAACCAGGCUUUAAAACAUUCGGAAUUGUAA